AUGGCUGAUAGAGUGAACGUGAAUGACGACGAUGAAGCACGCCGAAAUGAAAUAAGAACUAUGGUUGUGGAAGAGGUAAAGAAAGCAAUUGAGACUAGUAUACCCCGACUAGCUCAGGAAGUCGAGGGGCAAGUAUUGGAGGUAGUUAAUACCAUGGUAACAUCAAAGGUGGAAGAAUUGAAAGAAAUGAUUAGUGAAUUGCAAGUGAAGAAAAGCAAACGGAGAUGUACGUACAAAGAGUUCAUGGCAUGUAAUCCCUUACCAUACAAAGGGGAUGUUGAUCCGAUAGCUUGCCAAAGGUGGAUUUCAAGCACUGAAGCCGUGUUUACACGAAGUAGAUGUGAAGUGGAAGAUCAAGUAAUGUUUGCCACGGGCCUCCUACAAUAUCGAGCAAAAGAUUGGUGGGAUGCAUACUCGAAGGAAUUGGGGGAUGAUAAAAUACAGUCGUUAACAUGGCAAGAAUUCAAGGAGUCAUUCCUGAAAUAUUAUAGUCCACAAUCCGCAAUUGAUAAGAUUCAGGAAGACUUCUUGCGUCUCAGACAGAAGGAUGAAACGAUUGACGAGAUAACAAACAAGUUCCUUGAAAGGGUGAAGUUCUGUGAGGAGAUAGCGGGGACGGAGAGGCAAAGGAUUGUACGUUACCAUGCUAUGCUAAAGGCCGAAUAUCGGGAAUUUGUAAAUCCCUCCAAGUGUGCAACGUUGAAUGAACUAAUUGAUUGGGCAAGAGACAGAGAAAUUGAAAUAAAAAGGCAGGUUGAACGGAGAGAGAAAAGGGUAGCGGAGAAGCCUACCAACGCAAGCCCAUCGAAAAAGGCAAGACACCAAGAUCAAAGCAAGAAAGGGAAAGCAAGUGGUGAAAUCCCGACCUGUAAGACUUGUGGGAAGCAUCAUUCGGGUGAAUGUUUGUCGGGAAAGAAGGGGUGCUACAAAUGUGGGCGAGAAGGACAUCCGUUUUAUAGGUGCCCCGAAAACUCAAAGGCGUGUUACAAUUGCAAUGAAUCGGGGCACAUUAAAGCGGAAUGUCCGAAACUCCAACAAGGGGCAAAGAGAGAUGGAAAGAAGGACGAGCCCCCCAAGGCUCGCGGAAGGAUGUUUCAGUUAACCUCGGAAGAAGCUAAAGCUAGCCCGGACGUGGUUUCAGGUAUAUUUUUGGUGAAUUCCAUGCCUAUGAAUGUUUUAUUUGAUUCCGGGGCUAGUAGGUGGUUCAUUUCUAAUGAAUUGUUAGCUCACCCAUCGUUUAAGCUUGAAAAGAUGAUAGUACCCUUAGAAGUAGAGGUUGCUGAUAGUAAGAGCUAUCUGUUACAUGAUAUUUGUAGAAACUGUAAGAUCCUAAUCGAAGAUGAGGAAUUUAGUAUAGAUCUUGUCCCGAUGUACAUGGGGGAAUUCAAAGUAGUUGUAGGAAUGGAUUGGCUUGCCCAAAACCACGCUGAAAUACAAUCUGUUAAACAUGUGAGGAACGGGGGUAGAGCUUAUCUAUCUUAUGUGAUUGACACCAAUCGAGGUGUCCCAAAGCUUGAAGAUGUGAACGUGGUGAAUGAAUAUCCGGAUGUGUUUCCGGAAGACCUACCAGGCCUUCCGCCUGAACGGGAAGUAGAAUUCAAAGUAGAUCUUAAUCCGGGUGCAAAACCGCUGCGUUUAUGGAUUAAUCGGGUGUGCCGACAUAUGCUUGAUAAGUAUGUAAUCGUUUUUAUCGACGAUAUCCUAAUAUACUCCCGCAGUGAAGCAGAGCAUGCUUCCCAUUUACGUGAUGUAUUAGAAACGCUUCGCAAGGAAAAGUUAUACGCAAAGUUCUCAAAGUGUGCCUUUUGGCUUAGAGAGGUACAAUUUUUAGGCCAUGUGAUCGAUGCGAACGGUGUUCAUGUGGAUCCGUCCAAGGUAGACGCGGUAAUGAAUUGGGUACCCCCGAAGAAUCCAAGCGAAAUAAAAAGUUUUCUGGGUUUGGCUGGGUAUUAUAGGAGAUUUAUCCAAGAUUUCUCCAAGAUAGCCUCUCCUAUGACGAAAUUAACAAAGAAGAGUGAAAAGUUUAUAUGGGGCGAAGAGCAAGAAAAAGCGUUUCAAACUUUAAAAGAAAAGCUCUCAAAUUCUCCGGUAUUGACAUUACCGGGUGGAACGGAUGGUUUAGUGGUGUAUGCGGACGCCUCUCGUCAAGGUUUAGGUUGUGUGUUAAUGCAAAGGGGUAAAGUCGUUGCUUACGCUUCGAGACAACUCAAGCAACAUGAAGGCAAUUAUCCAACUCAUGAUCUUGAACUGGCGGCGGUUGUAUUCGCCUUAAAAAUAUGGAGGCACUACCUUUAUGGGGUAAAAUGUACUAUCUCCUCGGAUCAUAAAAGCCUCAAAUAUUUUUUCGAACAGAAAGAUCUCAAUAUGAGGCAACGAAGAUGGUUGGAACUCCUUAAGGAUUACGACUGCGACAUCCAUUAUCAUCCCGGGAAAGCUAACGUAGUAGCGGACGCACUUAGCCGAAAGGAAUACCCGCCCCCGAUUCGGGUAAAGUCCAUGAAGAUGGUAGUUACUCCUAAGCUACUUGAUGAAAUUCGGGAAGCUCAAAUGAAAUCUUUAAAUGCCGUUGACUCAAAGAAAGAAAGAACAAAAGGAUUAAUUCAUGAAUUGGAAGAGAAUGCAAAUGGGAUGAAAAGAGACAUUGUCAAGUAUGUUGCUAAGUGUUUGACGUGUUCCCAAGUAAAGGCUGAACACCAGAAGCCGUAUGGAAAGUUACAACCCUUGGAGAUCCCGGUGUGGAAAUGGGAACAUAUAACGAUGGAUUUGGUGACUAAGCUUCCCAAGACAAGAAAAGGGCACGAUGCAAUAUGGGUGGUCGUUGACCGACUUACCAAAAGUGCACAUUUCCUACCUAUUCGGGAAAAUUAUAAAUCAGAGAAGAUGGCGGAAGUCUACAUGAACGAGAUCAUAUCCCGACAUGGGGUUCCGGUGUCUAUAGUGUCCGAUCGGGACACCCGGUUCACCUCUCGUUAUUGGAGGAAGUUUAACGAUGAAUUGGGAACCCAAUUACACAUCAGCACCGCCUACCAUCCACAAACCGAUGGUCAGACAGAGCGAACUAUCCAAACAUUAGUUGAUAUGUUAAGGGCGUGUGUUAUAGAAUUCGGAGGAAGCUGGGACGAUCAACUACCUUUGUUGCGAAGGUGCCUUGCGGAUGAGACGGCAUACGUGCCUAUGGAUGACAUUGAAGUGGAUAAGAAGUUAAAUUAUGUUGAAAAACCUGUAGCAAUCAAGGAUUUUAAAGUGAAGCACCUUCGAAACAAAUCUGUUCGACAAGUGUUGGUUCAAUGGCAACAUAGGAAGGGAUCGGAUCUCACUUGGGAAGCGGAGGAUGAUAUGCGAAAGCACUACCCGGAAUUAUUUGGUACGUAG